UAGAUUGUAAUAUAGACUUCGAGAGGUUAUUCGUCGUCGUGUUCCGUGAGGUUGGAAUUCGAAGAAAAUAUGUGGUGUAUAUAGUUUAUUUUUUUAAACUAAAAAAAAAUCCACGUAAUUAAAAGACGCGUCAGUAGCAACAAUCUGAUUUUGUUCCAAUUUGAUUAAUAUAGUGAUUCAUGCAAGUUGUCACGUUAAUGGAGAUUGCGAUGGGUUGAAAUUUCAUCAAUAUUAGUUGAUAUUAUUUCUGUUUGAAAACUGUCAACACAUAAUAUCAUAUAUACAUAUAUACAUCUAUUAAGAGCGAAAGAAAAAGAAAAGAAAAUGUGUUAGAAGAAGAAAGAGAAAUAGUGACAGUAAAAGGUAGAGUGAAAGUAACAAAAAAUAGUUAAUUUUUGUCAAUAAGGUGACAAUUAAAAUUAUUUCCACUUGAACCCUUGUUAUUUUUGUCUUUUUAAAAAAAAAAAAUGAUUGUCGAAGAACCCGUCCAACAAGGGAUGUUGCUUUUUCCACCACAAGGAAUGUUAGGCCAGCUCAAGAAAAGUUGGCAUAAAAAAUUUUGUCAAUUAUUCAGAGCUAGCAAUUAUGGAAUUGAUAGAUUGGAAAUAUAUGAUAAUCAAGAUGAAGCAUUGACACAAUUGACUCAAAGGAUUAUAACAUUGGAAGCAUGUGUUAAAAUUGCACCAAGUAAUCAGCCCAAUGUUUUUACUGUUGUCACCAAAUCUGGUAUUCAUCAUUUUGGUUGUUUCUCUGAAAGUGAAAUGACAAAUUGGAUGAGUGCAUUUCAAUCGGUGGCAUUUAAAGACAAUGCCUCAAGUCAAACAAUCGAAGAGGACAAUGAUUUAUAUUGUACAAGUGGAGAGGGAAUAUUUUCCGUUAAACUUGUCGAGACCGAUGCAUCAAAGAAUUGUGGUCUUGAACCAAAAAAUUAUACAUUAAUUGUUGCCGCCGCUGAAAUUAAAUUAUUAAACGGUGAAACAUUACUUUUCAAUUGGCCCUAUAGAUUUAUAAGAAAAUAUGGCUAUAGAGAUGGAACAUUUACAUUUGAAGCGGGUAGAAAAUGUGAAUCAGGCGCCGGUUCAUUUCGUCUUGAGCAUAAAAAUCAACAGGAAAUAUUCCGCUGUAUUGAAUCAAAAAUGAAAUAUAUGAAAAAAUUGCUCAAUGGCGAAACUAGUCCAAGUAUUGAAUGCAAUGAUGUACAAUUUCAUGCUGCACUGUCAAUGGAGGCAAGAUCACGUUCACCAUUGCCACCAUCGCCAAAUAGCUCGAGUCAUCUUAUUGACAUUGAAUUAUCAACAUCAUCAUCAUCACAAAAACUUCUCAAUUCCACAUCGUCUUCGAUUGAUUCAACACAAUUAUUUAAACCACCGCCACCAAUUCCAAAACAAAAACCAAUGAAACCACCACGUAAGGCAAUAUUCACUGGUGUCAUUGACAAAAAACAUCUUGAACUCGAAUUUCCCGAGACAUCAACACGUGGGAAAUAUCGACGAUUACAUCCAAUUGGUAAUGAAAGUUCAAAUAAUUCACAAAAUGAAAAACACUCUUACGAUCUUGUUGAAGUGAGAAAUGACGCAUGGAGAACACAUGGAAUUGACAGGGUCCCUCAUAUGGAAAGAUUGAAUGCAUCAUCAAGUGAUUCAAAUAAAGAAGAUGAUUCACCUUACGAAAUGGUAACACCACUUCCAUUAAAUUCAUCACAAAAUUCAUUAAGAAGUAAAUUAAAUUCAAAUGAUACAAACAAUUCCACUGCCAAUUCACCAAUAUCACCAAUUAUACACAAUACAUUUCCAAUGAAAUCCGAUGAUUCUGAUUAUGAUAAACUUCAAUAUUUUGGAACUAUUCAUAAAUCAGAUCCAAAUCCUGCGUAUCGAACGCCAAAUAUUAAUGUACCUAGAUCACUGCCACUUGUUCAAACAAUAUCCGAUACAACAAAUAAUUCCAAUCAAAAUAAUUAUGAUUUAGUUGAAAACUAUACCCAGAUGGUCAAUGAAAUGUGCGCUGUGAGACUCGCUGAUGAUAGUCAUUUAGGUUAUGGUGUUAUUAGAAAAAAAACAUCUAAUAACACAGAACCCGAGUAUAAACUUUAUAAUGAUACUGAAUAUGCAAUUGUUUCAAAACCUAAGAGAGUUUAAAACACUGUUUUUAGAAACAAAAAAAAAACAGCUUUGUUUUUAAACAUUUUUUUUUUUUAAUUACGGGUAAGUCCGCGUCAUAAAUAUCACAAUCUGCAAGUGGUUCUCUGACUUUAAUGAAACUUAGUAAAACUAUAGUUUAUUAUUUACAAGAAACAUAAAUUAUUCUUUACACGAAGUACGCAACGUUUAUGAUAAACGAUUUUUAAAGAAAUAAUUUUUUAAUAUGAAAAAUUUCUACAAUUUUUUGUUGUCUAAAAAAUAUUUUUUUUAUAAUUUGUUGAUUAAUGAAAAAUACAAGAAAUAUUUUUUAGGCAAAAAAAUUAUAGAAUUUUUCAUUUUUAAAUAUUAUUUCUUUAAAAAUCGUUUAUCAUAAACAUUACGUACUUCAGCUUCGUUUCUUUACUUAUAAAUGAUGGAAUUAUUAAGAUAAUAAUCGAAUUUCGCUUCGUUUCUGAAAUAUUAAAUUUGAAAUUUUUCAACUUGAAAACGUUAAUUACUGAUCUUUAAAAAAUUUUACAUUUUUCUCUACUCUCAUAAAAGAAGAAAGAGUGAAAUUGUAGAGAAUCAUUUUCUGGAGAAAAUAAGUCCAGGAUUUACAGUGUUUCCUCUUUUUUUCACUCAUUUCCCCUAUUUCAUGUUGAAACUCAAAUAAUUAGAUAUUUAAUAAAAAUCCAAAUUUGAACCAAAAAAUUACAAGCCUCGGAUUGCACGACUUUUUCGACUUUUUUCAAUGAAUGCGACUAUUUUGACUUAUUUUUAUGAAAUGUAACUUUUUUUUGUAAUGAAAAUCGACUAAAACGACUUUUUUCUCUUUCUAAAGUAAAUCCAAGUCCUAAAUUAGGAAAAUUGGACAUUUUUUUUGUCAGAAAAUUAACUUUUAAAUUUAAUUUAAAUAAAUUAAAAAUUUCAGUUUCUUUGAAAAAUAUUAAUAAAAUCAAGUUUUUUAUAUUUUACAAGACCGUUUUCGGUUUGAUAAAAUUAAAAAUUACUUGCAUUUUUCAAAAAAAAAAAAAAAAAAAAUUAGUUUACAAGUAAUUUUUAUUCUGUGAAAAAUUAAUUUUAAAAUAAGUUUAAAAAAUAAAAAGCGUUUAUUUAUUAGAUGGAUGCAAUUCACAUUUUUAUAAAACAUUGAAAAUGACAUUUAAAAAAAAAAUUAAUUACUCUACUGGGAAAAUCGGUUAAAAAUUGACCAAGUUUAAAAGAAUUAAAAAAUUGCAAAAAAAUAAAAUCAAAAUUCAAAGCGGUUUAACAAGAACAAUUUUCAAUAUUUUGAAAAUUCCUUUUACUUAUUCUAUAGCUCUUAUAUUAAACUAUAAUUCCCGCUAGUUCCAUCUACGUUGAAGAAUCACUUGCAAAUUGUGAUAUUUCUAAUGUGGACUCACUCUUAUAUGCAAUAUUUCUGAAAGUUAAGUUUAAACAAUAUUUUGUUCAUUAUUUGUCAUCAAUACAAAAGGGUUAAUCCUUGUGAAUUUUACACUUUCUUUCAUCUGAGAAAAAUUUUUGUCCAAAAAAAUUCCAUUAUUACAAUCACUCUAAAAUCAAAUCAGUUUUUAAUUCAUUUUUAUUUGCAAAUAAAUAUUCUAUUUUUUAAGCAUAAAUAUUAGAGAAAUAGGGCAUUCCACGUGAGAUUUUGAUUCAAAAUUUUUUUUACCAGAUAUUUUUUCGAUAUUAGUAUGGAAAAACUUAUGAAUAUUAUCUUUGAUUUUUUUUUAAUCUAUUUUGACGUAAAUUUUUUUUUUUUAAAGACUCUAAAUUUAACUCAGAAUUGCGAAGAACGAAUUAAAUUUUUUGAUAAACAAUACGAUUUCUCAAAAAUUGAAAUACUGUACUGGACAGUACUAUAUAGACGAGAACAAAAAUAUUCCCAAUAAUAUUUUUGCCAAUAUAAAUAUUUUUUAAAAUAAUCAAUUUUUUAUCCGAGACAAAUUUUCAAGUUAUAAAAUUAACUAAUUUUUGGUGAAAUUUUUUGUGAUAACUUUCCAGUGAAGUAAGAUUCAAAAGGAUUAACUCAAUGUUUAAAAUUAAAUGUGAAUAAUUACUCAAUAAUGACAAAAAUUAAAAUGAAAGUAAUUACACUUUUUUUAAUUUUAAAUAUUUAUAUUAGCAAAUGUUGUAUAAAUAAUGAUCAAUUUUGACCUUAAUCUUGACAAUAAUUUGAUUUCAUUUUCUAGCGAAAGUUAGAGAAUUUUUAAUCGAAUUUUCAAAUAUAAUAUUAUCUAUACAUAGCUUUACUUUUUAUAAUCUUUAAAUUUAUCAAGACUAUAAUUAUCAUUAAGUUUUUUUUUUUUUUAUUUACGGAGAGUUAAGCUCAGGAAAUGAAGUUUUGAAGAAUCAUUUUUCGUUGGCGUUUUUAAUACAAAAACGAUAUAAAAAUGACUGAUCAAAAAUCAAUUCUAGUGCCUUAUUAUAUAUGUGUGCUGUAAUUUUAAAGGAACUUGAAGUUUUGUGCAAUUAUUAUUAUUAUUAUAUAGAAAUAACAAAUUGACAAAAAAGAAUUCAAAAUUAAAUUUAAAAUAGCAACAAACGUUUGCAAUUUAAAGUUACAUUAAAAAUAGUCAAUAUAACUUUCUUUUUUUACAAAAUUAUUCAAAAGUUAUAGAAAUUAUAUUUUUAUAAUAUUGUUCUCUGUUACAAUGUUUUUGUCAUUUUAUAAAAAAAAAAAAAUUAUAGUCAAGAGCUACUUGUACAAAACUUCAGCUCUCUUUCUCUCAAUUACUUUAAGUGAUGAUAUGAACCAAAUUUUUACGAAAUCCUAUUUGAUUCUGUGACUUUUUAAAAGUCACUUUGCGUACUUAGUAAAAUUUCUUAUUGUUGUUAAUUGUUAUAUAUAGAAUUUCGCAUCUUACAUAAUAUUAAGAAAAAUGCGUUAUAGACAUGAAGUUUACGAAAACUAUUCCAUUGAAAGAAAAAAAAAAAAAAAAAAAAGAAAAUAAUAUUCUUGACGAGUUGAAAUACCAGUUACUAUUUUAAGCGAAAAUUAUUACAUCACAUUCUACAAGUUUUAAAUAUAUUUUUAUUAAGAUAGAAAAAUACUGGAAUAGGUUUCAGGAACGACCAAAGAAUGAUUUCUAGGAAUAUUCGUCUUUGUAGUAAAAGCAGCAAAUUUUACGACCAGUGAUUUUGUGGUCACACUUUUAUAUAAUUAUUUAAAAUCAAUGAAUGAUAAACUAGUGAAAAAAAAGUUAAAAAUUAAAUUUUUUUUAAUAUAAAAUUUAAAAAAGAAA